AAAAGUCCUAUGCCAUAUAACACGAAUUGUGUUUUCUUAAGUAUCACUCCUCGUAGCCUGAUCCUGCCUUCCAACCAAUUUUUAUUUUCUUUCCUGUCUCUCUCAUCAACUAAACCAGAAUACACAGCAGCUCUCAAAGGUCAAAUUUUACAAGCCACAGCUUAUAUCAACGAAGUUCAUUGAUAAGCUGGUCACUAUGCCAUAUGUCAAACGUCGCCGUCCAGAUCCUGAUCCUGAAGAGAGGAUAUGGGAACAGCACAAGUCCACCUUUCAGCGUCUCUACCAGACAGAGCGGAGAACACUUGAAGAAGUAAAGAGGAUCAUGGAAAGCCAACAUGGAUUUCCUGUGAAUUCCUUGUCGACUUACGAAUUCAAGCUCCGCGAUGAACUUCACUUGCGCAAGAAGCUGAAGAAAAAUGACUGGGUCCCUAUCCACCAUCAUCUCCUCAAGAGAGGUGACAAACCUACCGCGGUCUAUCUCAAUGGAACUAAGAUUCCACAGCAUAAAGUAUGGAAGGAGAUCAGAAGGUCAGGAGCUCGAUUAGUUGCCAAUGGUCAAGAUAUUCCGCUUCCAAGAGAUGUAGUUGUGAGAACACCAUCACCUGUCGGAUAUCUCGUAUCCUCCACCCCACAAACACGACACAGAGAUAUUCAUAACCUCUCCCCACAGCUUUGGGACUCCCCAGUGAUGACGCUAUCUGCACCACCGUCAUCAACGGAUAUUGCGUUCGGUUCGCGCAACGCAGUCCAGCAGUCACAGACCCAUGUUGACCUUCCAAUGAGUCGCCAAGUUCGGGAAAUCAAAGUGAUGGAAUUAUUAGGAUCCGCUCCAGAACACUAUAUUACCGCUCUUUUGAGUACUCCAUGGGCCAAUUUUAGUAACUACUUACGCCAGGUUGUUUUCCCCAGACACCUUUCAAGUGAAUACAGCGAGGCAUUACAUCACUGCUUAAAAUUCGAAUCUUUAGCAUUGAUGAUGGCAACCGAAAGUGAACCGAGGUCGCCUGAUAUAGCAAGGGAAACUGUGUUUCCGCCACGACAGUUGCCUAUGCCGAACCAUACGACCACAUCUUCGUCACUUACAUUUGAGAUGAACGCGUUUUAUAUUCUAUCCAAAGCUAUGUAUAUGAUUUCUAACAACUUGUUGGAUGACCGUAUAGAUGGCCAUAUUCUGGACCUUUUACUCAGUCGAGUCCCUUAUGCGGUGUUGAAAAGUCUCUUCCAGGUAGACUUACCCACAGCCAGGGAAACGUGGCAAUGUCUGGCAGACUAUGCUGGUAUAAAGGGCUACCGAGAUAUAUUUGUCUUCUUGAUGAAGAUCGGACUUUUGCACCGCGACUGGAUUAUCCCUAUGGGAGCAUCAUACCUCUCUGACGCCGUAUCGAUGGGUGCUAUCGAUGUUGUCAAGGCGUUAUUGAAGAUUGGGGCGCGCGCCGAUGGUAAGAUUGAGGUUAGAAGAAGACUUCCUAUCGUCGAAGCAGCUGCUACUGGUAACCUGGAAUGUCUACAGCUCCUCAUGACAGCAUGCGAUCUGAAUUCGGUCAUGCCUGUCGAUGACCUAGAAACCCCUUUCGACACCUUCGUCGAUACUUUACACACAGGAAGCAUAAUAUCCGGGAGACGAGAUCAUGCAUAUCCGCCAAACUCUUUUGAAGACUUGAAGAACUCCUUGAUCAGUGUAGAAUUUAGUCUCGAGAAUGAGCCACAGAGCCAAGCAUUAGAUAUACUCCUGGAAAGCGGUGCGGAUGUCGACGCAUUGUGGUUAUAUUGGGAACAUAAGUCUGAAAAGUUCAUGCCAACAAUCCUCGAACAAAGCUAUUACAUGGACAUAGAGCUUUUCUACAGAUUAGCCCCGUACAGCACCGAGACGACCCGGAUUUUCUUCCGACCAGACCUCUGCCUCUUCGCAAAGCAGGGACGCGAAUCUCUCAUGGAGUACUGGACAUCAGAGCCAAAGCGACUUGGCUCUGAUGGAUCUGAAUUCCUAGAGUUGGUUCUCACAGAACAAUUUUCCGACCUUUGGGUCGCUGAUAUAGAGGUCGUUAGAGGGCUCUGUGAGUUGAUAAUCAACCCUAAUGCUAUAGUGCCUGGUAAACUCUGGCAUAUAGUGACGCAGGCACGCACGGAGGGCAUCACUGAACACUUUGCACCGAUUGUUACGGCAUUACUUCAGUCAGGGGCAGUUCUAGAUCUAGCCGUUAUGGAAGCUGGAGUUGAAGAAGAAGGCAUUGGUAUCUUGCAAAUUCUAAAAGAGCUUGGUGCUGAUCUGGGAAGAUAUGGCACAUUGGCGCUAUCUACUGCAGCUCGUCUCGAAAAUUACGAAGCCGUGUCGUGGCUACUCGAAGCGGGCGCAGAUAUUCAUGCCCAGAUAAAUUUAGAGGCUUCCGACCGAAGUUACGAACCGUGGAGCGUAGUCGCAUUGGCGAGUGUUGGAUCGUUGGGGUGGAGGCGGUGUGAGGAACUACACGGUCGUCAAUUCUUCGAGCAACACAGCAGCCCGGCGAGUUUUGACAUGCUCCGCUACUUGAUCGACCACGGUGCAGAGUUGAAAAUUAGCCCUCACGACCCGAACGCCGCCGAAUUUUUACGACGCGUUCUCGUUGACGGUUGGAGCGCCUAUUUGGCUAGAUCAAAUAUCCCUGAUCUAGUGAGUUUUUUCCUAUCGAACUUGGACCCUCGCGAUCUAUCUAGUUCCGAAGUGUGCCUAUUGGACACAGUUAUCACUCUACCCUGUAGCAUCGAUAGCAACCACAGACAACUGAAGAUGUCCUUGUUUAAAGUGCUUCGUGCGCAUGGGGCUCCAAUGCCAACUGGACGUAUGAUCCCUUGGCUGAUAUGCGAAGGAAAUGCACUCGAUUUAAUCCAAGAGCUUCUAGAGCACUGUUCAGACGUUGACAAUCUGUAUCAAGAAGUGCCCUCUAUACAUAAAUGUACGUUAAACCCUCUCCAAGCAGCAGCUUACGAGGGCAAUGAGGAUAUGUUUGACAAGUUAAUCGCUAUGAGAGCGAACAUUAAUAUGCCCGCAUUCGAAGGCUCAGGCAUGACAGCACUUGAGGCCGCAGCCUACCGGGGUCAUAUAGCUUUGGUUAGGCGGCUGGUGCAUAUGGGUGCUGAUGUUAAUGCAGCUUCGUCGUCUGCACUCCAAGCUGCUUGCCGAAUAGUUGCGAAAUCAACGACGGAAAUGGCGAAUAAGAUGGAAAUCAUAAAGCUCUUGAUAGAGAAUGGGGCGGAGGUGAAUGCCAAUUCGGGUGAGGCGUUGAAUUCUGCUACGCGUGAGGGUGACAUAGAGGUAGCGAUCAUAUUGCUAUGCAAUGGAGCAGACGUGAAUAUGGCUUCUGAGUGGGGGAAGUCUGGAUCGUUGAUGACUCCGCUAGAUUGCGCUGCUCGUACGGGAAGGAUUGAUAUGGUCCAGUUUCUAUUGAAUCUUGGGGCUCUGAGUCAUGAUCGAGGGCAAACAGGAUACGACGGAGCAAUCGCAUAUGCGGAGGGGGAGCAUUUCUUUACCAUCGCCGACUUGAUACGGAAACAUCAUGCAGAAGACUUCAAAUUACUAGGAACUAAUAUUGCGUUGUCAUUUGUAGAAGAAGAGCCGAAAGGAUCUGGGCGCUCAGACGAGCCGGACGAGUCUGGAGACUCAGAUAUGGAAGACCCAGAUAUACAAGAUUCGGGCAUAGAAGACUCGGAUAUGGAAAACUCGGAUAUGGAAGAGUCAGAUUACUAAGAAGGUCGGAGUCUGUACCUUGGACUAGGUAGGCUGGUGGUAUGUAUGGGUUAUUUCACUUUUGAAUUGUUUUCGUUGCCUUGGAUAGCCAGCUCCCUCGAGGGAGGUGGGAAGGCUACGUGUUACUAGAUCUCUGCAAUAGACGACAUACUAUGCCACUAACACUCACUCUACAUAUGGUGUCACGUCGCAGAGCAUGAGGUAGGGUAACAACUUCGUUGUUCCGCGAGGAAUCCUAAC